AUGGCACGAAGAACACACAAGUCUGCUUGGACUGGCAGUCCCCACGACGAGCUCUUGUCGCAGGAUCUCGAUCAACCAGCGCCGCCACCACCACCUUCAACUCCUCACAGCAUCUUCGCCAUCUACGUACUUCGUCAAGUCUACACCGUCAUGUCUCAAACAUCGAUUCAACGCCUCAUACAGCUUACCACCAAGCCGUCCAAGAGUCCGGCUUCUGCUGGCUCUGAGUCCGAGGGACCACUUGCCGAAAUUGUCGCAUCGUCUAUGUUCUGCACGAUUUCUGCGCUACCUCAGUCCAUCGAAGCAGUGGCGAAAUACCACCGCCGCUUCCACUUCGAUGAUGACCACCUCAUGGCUCCUCCCACGCCUAGAGAAACCGAAGUGGCCAACUACUUCUCGGCACAUCCCGCACCUACCUCCGCUCCACCACCAACAUCAGGUGAGCCAACCGAAAAGGCACGGUCAGUACCUACAGCGACCAGAGACUUCCACCCGUCCAUGUUCCUCAUCAUCGACCGCACGGACUACGACACCGAGGGUGUUCUGGCGGUGAAGCUGGAGCAGAUGUGGCUUACUCUCCCCAAGAGGAAUGACUUUGUCAACGUCAAGCGGGCAAAUUACCGUACGAUGAGGCUGCCUGCGGACGGCGCAGCGGGGAUAUUGAGCGGGAUCGAUGGCGGUGUGAAGUCAUGGGACAAAGUCAAAGAAGAAAUUGACGAGACUUACCAUGGACUGCGCGCGGCAUGA